UGGGCCACCGCGAGGCGGCUCGAGUCCUGAACCGACCACGAGCAGCCGCGGCCGGCAUGGCGAGCGAGAGGGACGCGGGGGAGCAGGACUGCGCGGCGGAGGGAUACUACGACUACGAUGAGGACGACCUGGAGGCGUUUUCAGACGCCGAGCCGGGCUGUGAGGACGGAGACGUCCAGCAGCUGUUGGUGGUUAAAGAAGAGGUUCUUUCUGAGCAGCAGGUCUGGAUCUCCAGUCUGGACCAGGGGCAUCCAGAGCCCCCACUAGUUAAAGAGGAACAGGUAGACCAAGAGAACCCUGAGGCCCCCCACGUUAAAGAGGAACAGGGGGACCAAGAGAACUCAGUGCCCCCCCACAUUGAAGAGGACCAGGUAGACCAAGAGAACCCUGAGGCCCCCCACGUUAAAGAGGAACAGGAGAACCCAGUGCCCCCCCACAUUAAAGAGGAACAGGAGGACCAGGAGAACCCUGAGCCCCCCCAUGUUAAAGAGGAACAGGGGGACCAGGAGAACCCUGAGCCCCCCCACGUUAAAGAGGAACAGGAGGACCAGGAGAACCCUGAGCCCCCCCACAUUAAGGAGGUACAUGAGGAACUCUGGACCAGUCAGGAGGGAGAGCAGCUUCAAGGGCUGGAGGAGGCUGGUCUCAAGUUCUCAUUCACUCCUUUGAAGAGUGAAGCUGAAGAGGAAGCUCAGUCCUCUCAGCUUCAUCAAAGACAAACUGAACAGAUGGAAAUGGAAGCUGACGGAGAUGAUUGUGGAGGACCAGAACCAGCCAGGAACCCAGAUCCAGAUGAAAAGACUGGAGACUCUUCAGAACCAGAUACUGAUGAGGAGACUGGAGACUCUUCUGAACCAGAUACUGAUGACUCUGUUGAUUGGAAAAAGACCAGAGAACCAGGUUUAAACUCUAUGAAUAAUGAUGACGUUUCUGUCAGUGAUUCAAAAUGUAGUUCUAGUGAAAAACCUUUCAGCUGCUCAAUCUGUAAAACAUCUUUUACAGAGAGGGGUCAAUUAAAGAGACAUAUGUUAACUCACACAGGAGAGAAACCUUUCAGCUGCUCAGUCUGUAAAAGAUAUUUUACUGAGAGAGGAAGUUUAAAGAGACACAUGUUAACUCACACAGGAGAGAGACCUUUCAGCUGCUCAGUCUGUAAAACAGCUUUUACAAAGAGGGAUCAUUUAAAGAGACACAUGUUAACUCACACAGGAGAGAAACCUUUCAGCUGCUCAGUCUGUAAAACAGCUUUUACAAAGAGGGAUCAUUUAAAGAGACACAUGUUAACUCACACAGGAGAGAAACCUUUCAGCUGCUCAGUCUGUAAAAGAUCUUUUACAGACAGAGGAACUUUAAAGAGACACAUGUUAACUCACACAGGAGAGAAACCUUUCAGCUGCUCAGUCUGUAAAAGAUGUUUUAAAGACAGAGGAACUGUAAAGAGACACAUGUUAACUCACACGGGAGAGAAACCUUUCAGCUGCUCAGUCUGUAAUAGAUGUUUUACCAACAGAGGAACUUUAAAGAGUCACAUGUUAACUCACACAGGAGAGAAACCGUUCAGCUGCUCAGUCUGUAAAAGAUGUUUUGCACAGAGAGGAAAUUUAAAGGGUCACAUGUUAACUCACACAGGAGAGAACCCAUUUCAGUUGUUCUUGUUUUUGUAAAGUUGACAUUUAUUCCACUCCCUCACUUGUCAUGAAGACCGUGAGAAACCUCCCUCGUUGAUCACCGUUCUGACUUGGGAUUAAUGGAUGUCAGGAUCAGUUAAACAUGAAUUAAUUAGGCAAACCAAAAGCUGGAGACGGCAAUGAAAAGAUGCUUAGUACGAAGAUGUACUGAGAACUGAGUUAAAUGAAGAAUUUGGGAAUUUCAAACACAGAGAUGAGGCAUGAAGUCCACCUCCUCUCGUCCCACCUGCACUCUGUUUUGUGGUGCAACCAUAAAGUAAUGCUCGAUUCAAAGAAACAAUGGAGUCAAUCUGUAAAGAUGUGGGCACAACAGUCAGAAAAUGUGUUCUCCGACAUAUUUCAUGCCCAUCUGAAUUAUUGUACACAAAUCUAUGUACAGGUUAUUAGUGAAUGUAGAAACAGUGACAAUGAAAAUAUGAUUCCAUGUUUAUGCCAAAAAAAAUAGCCGGACACUGCAGGGAAUCGAACCCCAUCCCAGUAAAGCAGGAGUACCAUUACCAGUGGAUUGUUUUAUUUUUGAGGCUUGUGGGUUAUAAUAUUUUUGCCAUCACACCUUAUUUUUUUUUAUAACUUUUUAUUUUGCAUUUUAAAUAAAGAAAUCAACAGACAUUCAUUUCAAACCCAGAUUUUUCAUAGACCUCUUUGUUUUGCAGUUGCACUCUAUGUGUACAGCCUCAACCCCUCUCAGUUAUAACAUCUACAUCCAAUAUCGACUCUAGAUAUAACGUCACGCCCAUCUUCUUGUGAAGAUAUCUAAUGUCAUUUGUAGUUUUGCAGUCAUUUUUUCCAUUGUAUGGACCUGUUUUAAUCUCUGUCUCCACUGAGUUAUGGUUGGUGGUUCUGCAUCUUUCCAGUUCAGAGUUAUUGUUUUUCUGGCAAUCAUUAAAAGUAUACGUAGAAUAUACCUCA